AUGUCCAAAUCACUGCUAGUCAUCGUCACCGGCGCAAAUCGUGGCAUCGGACGAGCCAUCUGCGAAAACAUCCUCUCAAGGCCAGACUCAUCCGCCAUCAAGCUCUUCGCAACUACGCGUAAAGGCGAUAACCUUGGUCUCUCAUCCACGAACAGCGGAAGCGAGGUUCUCUAUCCAAGCCUUGACAUCUCCAGUCGGGACAGCAUUCACGCCUUCAAGGACGAGGUCAAGCAGCAUGGCGAUGUCAAUGUACUGAUCAAUAACGCUGGUGUCAAUCUUGAUAAUCAGUAUAGCCCUGAGACUGCGAAGCAGACUCUUGAUGUUAACUAUCGAGGGACUGUGGAAAUGUGCAAGACUUUCAAGCCCCAUCUCUCCAAGACCGGACGAAUAGUCAAUCUGUCAUCGGUUGCUUCAACCCUGAAACUGUACGACUCAUCUAUCCAAGAUCGACUCCGAAAUGCCGCCCGUCUUUCAGAACUCGAUGAGCUGGCUGAAGAAUAUGAGGCCGCAGUCAAGGCAAAGACUGAAGCCGAUGCUGGCUUUGGCCAACCUGGCAGAGCCUACUCAUUUUCCAAGGCACUACUCAGAGCAGCAACUGCUAUCUCGGCCCGAGAGGAUCGCGAAGCCAAUCCAAAGUCCGAGGUUCUCAUCAACUGCUGCUGUCCUGGUUGGGUGAGCACCGACAUGGGAAAGCUCGUCGGCCGCGCACCAAAGAAACCAGAAGAAGGCGCUCGGAUUCCAGUACGACUGGCGUUCGACGAUUUGAAUGGGACGACUGGAGAGUACUGGGCCAACGACAGUGUUCGAUCGCGAGAAUCUGGGAAAGUGCAGCCAUGGGUUUGA